AUGGCGUCUCCGAGGUUCGCGCGCGUGGGCGCGGAGGAGAGUCGCGACGACCUGGCGCUGGUGCGGCACGGCAGCGGCAAGUUCUCGCCGGCGUCGGGUCUGUCGCCGCUCCGCGCGGCGCAGCGCAGCUUCACGACGGAGGACAUUCCGUCGGCCAAGUCGUUCCAGCAGCAGCUGCAGACCAAGCCGCGCUCGGGCUCGGACCUGUUCGAGACCGGCCGUCUGGCCAUCAUCAAGGGCAUCCAGGGCGUCGGGCUGGACCGCGUGGUGGACAAGAUGCAGCAGGCCUUCACGCCCGACGGCUCGGAGCGCGUUCUGCGGGCCGAGUGGCUCGUUGUGGAGACGGAGGAGGAGCAGCUGCAGCAGCUGCAGGAGGUCGUGCGCAAGCUGCAGAAGGCCUUCAAGUUCUCCAACCGCCUGCGCACGCUCGUCAAGCUGGCCAACAGCACGCUGGCCAAGUGCGACGAGCUCGUGGAGCGCAGCCAGGCGCACCUCGAGCAGUGCAACCUCAUGUUCGCGCAGUGUGCCAACGAGAUCGCCACGCUCACCGACUACCUGAGCAAGCUGCGCGAGGCCGUGGUGCCCCCGCUGCAGGCCAAGGAUCAUAAUGAAGAGAAGCGCAACGCCCGACGAGCCGAGUGGGCGCUGGCCCGCAUGGCCCAGAGCGCGCAGAGCAUGGUGGCCGAGAUGAGGAACAGCCUCGACGAGCUGGACGACCUCACCACCGAGUGCACCAAGCUCAUGGUGCAGUCGAUCACGCUGCUGCACAUGAGAGGCCGCUCCGCGGACUUUAGUGGCACGGGCGUGGCAGCAGGAGCGGCCGGCGUGGUGGCCGGCGCGGUGGUCGGAAUCGCGGGAGUGGUGGCUGCCCCCGCCACGAGCGGCCUCAGUGUUCCGAUCUCACUGGCCGGCAAAAGCCUGUUCCUGUCGGGUAUUGCGGCGCUGACGCCGUCUAGCAUCAUGCUCAGCCGUCAAAGCCAACAGCUUGGAGGCCUGUCGUCGCUGGUGGUGAACCUGAAGUCGUGCCUCGAGAUCAUGAACCAGAAGCGGGAGGAGAUGGCCAUCGCCUUCGCCGCGUGCGAGGGCCUCGAGCUCGACAUCAAGCAAGCGACGGACUUUUGCCAGGACGCCAUCGAGCUCGAGACGUCCAUCUACGAGAGCUCGUGGGGCUUCAUCGAGGACAUCAGCGUGAAGCUCAUGACGCUGAACCAGUCGGUGGAGCUGUUCUUGGCGUCCCCGAGCGUCUGGCACUUUUGCAAGUCGGAAGACGCCAUGUACCAGUACCUGCUUGCCGAGGAGGAGGAGAACUGA